AUGCGCUUUUUGCAAGCCAACAAACCAGAAGGCUUCGGGCGCCCCGGCCCUGCAGCAGCAGCAGCAGCAGCAACAGCAGCAGCAGCAACAGCAGCAGCAGCAGCAGAUGAAGCCAAAGGAAUUAAGAAAAUGGGAAUGCAGCAAAACUCAGCCGGCUCAGUGUCUGCUGCACGUCUUGCUGCAGCUCCUCGCUGCCCUGCAGCAGCAGCAGCAGCAGCGGCAGCAGCAGCAGCAACAGAAGCAGCAACAAGAGAAGCACUAGCACCAAUGCCGGCAGAAGCAGCAGCAGCAGCAGCAGCAGCAGCAGCAGCAACAGACCAACAGCAGCAGCACCACCAAGAGCAGCAGCAGCACCACCAAGAGCAGCAGCAGCACCAAAAGACGCUGCAAUACUACGAGCAGCAGCAGCACCAAGAGCGGCAGCAGCAGCAGCAGCACCAAGAGCAGCAGCAGCACCAUCACCAAGAGCAGCAGCAAGCGCUGAAACGCCAUGGGCACCGCGCUGAAGACGCACCGCAGCAGCAGCAGCAGCAGCAGCAGCUGCUGCAGCAGCAGCAGCCGCAGCAGCAGCAGAAGAAACGGCGGGAGAAACGACGCCAGGGCGCCCACUCACAGCAGCAGCAGCAGCAGCAGCACCCACAGCAGCAGCAGCAGCAGCAUCCACAGCAGCAGCAUCCACAGCAGCAGCAGCAGCAUCCACAGCAGCAGCAGCAGCAACCACAGCAGCAGCAGCAGCAGCAGCAGCAGCAGCAAACCGUUUGA